GUCAGUGCACGGGCUGCCGGCUCCAUGCGCCCCGGGACCCAGCGGAGGAAACAUGAGGAGCGGCUGCAGCAGCGGGGCCAUCCCGGGCCUCCUUCUGCUGCUGGUGUUGGGGAGCCGGACUGGCAGAGCCAAAGCCACUUGUGCAGAGACUGACUUCACCUGUGACAAUGGUCAUUGUAUCAUGGCUCGCUGGAAGUGUGAUGGGGAGGAAGAGUGCCCUGAUGGAAGUGACGAAUCUGAGGCCACCUGCAUGAAGCAGGUGUGCGCUCCUGAGAAGUUCAGCUGUGGAGAAUCCAGCAGUAAGUGUAUCCCGAAAACAUGGAAGUGUGAUGGCGAGAAGGACUGUGAAAACAGCAUGGAUGAGAAGGAAUGCCCAAGUGGCUGCCCCCGCGGUGAAUUUCAGUGCAGUAAUAAGUUGUGUAUUGCUACCAGCUUUGUGUGUGACGGUGUGGAUAACUGCGGUGACAACAGCGAUGAAGGAGAUUGCUCGGUGAUCACGUGUAAAGCAGCACAGUUCCGCUGCGGCAAAGGGAUCUGCAUUCCUGAGAAAUGGCUGUGUGAUGGACAGGCCGACUGUGCAGAUCAGUCAGACGAAUCUGAGGAUCGCUGCGGCCUGAAAAGUCAGCCUCAGGCAGUGACACUGUGCGGGGAGCAAGAGUUUCGCUGUGGCAACGGCAAAUGUAUCCACCUGAACUGGAGAUGUGAUGGAGAUGAGGACUGCAAGGACAAAUCUGAUGAGAAAGAUUGCCCUGUGGUGACCUGUCGUCCAGAUGAAUUCCAGUGUGGGGAUGGUGCCUGUGUCCACGGCAUGUAUCAGUGUAAUGGAGUCAGAGACUGCAUUGAUGGAAGCGAUGAGACCGGAUGCAGAACUGCGGAAGCUCCAUGUGACACAGAAGGAACCUUUCAGUGUAAGAGCGGAGAAUGCAUCGACGCCCGUAAAGUGUGCGAUUCUCGGCAAGACUGCAGGGACUGGUCUGAUGAGCCUCUAAAUGAAUGUGGUAUCAACGAAUGCUUGAUUUACAACGGAGGAUGUUCGCACAUCUGCAAAGACUUGAAGGUGGGGCACGAAUGUGAGUGUCCAACAGGCUACAAACUGAUCGACAAGAAGACUUGCGGAGAUAUUGAUGAGUGUGAAAACCCCGAUGCCUGCAGUCAGAUCUGUGUGAACUACAAGGGAGACUAUAAGUGUGAAUGUUAUGAAGGGUACCAGAUGGACGGCGUGUCUAAAAUCUGCAAAGCUGCUGGGCAGAGUCCAUACCUUAUAUUCACUAACCGCCAUGAACUACGCCAGAUUGACCUUGUCCGCAGAGAUUACUCCCGCCUGGCCUCACAGCUAAAAAAUGUGGUAUCCUUGGAUGUAGAGGUCAUAGGCAAAAAGAUUUAUUGGUGUGACCUCUUUCACCGGAAGAUUUACAGUGCCCCCCUGGAGCGAGCUGCAGACCCCUUGGAGCAUGUUGUGCUGAUUAAUAGUCACCUCCACUCUCCGGAGGGCCUAGCAGUGGACUGGAUUCACAAGAACAUUUAUUGGACCGACUCCGGCAACAAGACAAUCUCUGUGGCAACCACAGAUGGCUGCAAACGGAAAACCCUGUUCGACCAGAGCCUGCAAGACCCCAGAGCUAUUGCUGUUGACCCCACAUCAGGGUUUAUGUUCUGGUCAGACUGGGGGGAACCCUCUAAAAUAGAAAAGGCUGGAUUAAAUGGGGGUGAUCGGCAGAUUUUGGUGUCUGAUGAUAUUGAAUGGCCCAAUGGAAUAACAUUAGAUGUACUGACCCAUCGCUUAUACUGGGUGGACUCAAAGCUUCAUACUCUAUCCAGUGUGGACUUCAGUGGGGCCAACAGGAAAAUGCUGAUUUUCUCUGAAGACAAACUGAGUCACCCUUUUGGCCUUGCCGUGUUUGAGGACAAGGUUUUCUGGACAGAUCUGGAGAAUGAAGCAAUCUUUAGUGCAAACAGACUUACUGGAAAAGAAAUUUCUAUCUUGGCAGAAAAUCUGAACAAUCCGCACGAUAUCGUCAUUGUUCAUCAGCUCAAACAGCCCAAAGCAAUAAAUGCCUGUAACCAGGGACCUCUUCCAAAUGGUGGAUGUGAAUACCUGUGCUUGGCAGCACCACAGAUAUCUGUCCACUCCCCCAAAUACACCUGCGCCUGUGCUGAUGGGGUGGAGUUGGGACCAGACAUGAGGAGCUGUGGGAAAGCAACUACUACAACUGUAGCAACAACUGUACCAGCAAUUACCACCGACUCCCCUGCCACUGAUGUGCCCACUACACCAGCCACAACUACUAAAACAAGACCAUCCACUACGACCACAUCGACUACCACUGAGAUAACACAGAAUCAUCAUCCCAGCACUACUGAAAACCUCCAAACUACCUCUGCUUCUGGCCACAAGGAUAUUAAGGUGCCAACUACUGAUAACAGCAGCGUCUACCAACACUAUGGAAAUGUAGAUUCUGACCUCAGGUCCACACUGACCGCAGCAGUGAUUGGUGUAGCUGUGCCUCUUGCUGUCCUGGUUUUGCUCUGCCUGUCCGGUUAUCUCAUCUGGAGGAACUGGAAACGAAAGAACACAAAGAGUAUGAACUUUGACAAUCCCGUCUAUCGGAAAACUACUGAAGAGGAAGAGGAGGAGGAAGAGGAGAUUCACAUUGGCCGGACAAUGCAGAUCGGCCAUGUCUACCCAGCUCGAGUGGCAUUGAGCUUGGAAGAUGACGGAUUGCCUUGAACAUCAUAGCACGGUAUGACACAGUCUCAGCUACACACUGAACAUGACAGAAGCCAUCACUGGUCUUAUGUCUCCCAGCUGGAAUCACGUGAAGGACACUGUAUUACAUGACAUUCCACGAGACCCAACAGCUCUGCUACCAACACGGGACCAUACAAGUUUUGUCACAGCCCUCGCCUGACACGGGAACUACACAAUUCCACAGGCCCAGGCAACAGAAAACAAAAACGCACACUC